AGCUCAAAUAAAAAAAGAAAUAGCGACUCAUACGCAUGCGCGUUUAAAGUCUACGUCAGCUCUUCUUCACUAACAAGCUGCCUGAAAGCUACGUGGCCUUCACUGCUCUGACUGUCUUCUCAUCAAACACGACCUCGGAAACAGCCUAAACACCAUGGAUCAGGUGAUGCAGUUUGUUGAGCCCAGCCGGCAAUUCGUCAAAGACUCCAUCAGGCUCGUAAAAAGAUGCACAAAACCCGACAGAAAAGAAUUCCAGAAGAUAGCAAUGGCCACAGCUAUUGGGUUUGCCAUCAUGGGCUUCAUCGGCUUCUUUGUUAAGCUCAUUCACAUUCCCAUCAACAAUAUCAUUGUUGGUGGUUAAAUCCUGGUCAAGAAAAAAAACUCAAACUUCAAAACCUUGGGACGGGAGACGAUGCUAUUAAGUGCUAUUGGGCUGGUGUGACUGGGUCUGAAGGGAUCGCAUUUUUACAUUCUGUGCACAACAUUUAUAUUUCGCUGUGUAAAUAAAACAAAUGGAAACCCAA